UUGUCCCGUCCACAGUAUAUAAGCGGGCUGAGGCCGGUCGUGUGCCAGGCUCACCGGCUCGCACGAGCUGAUCCAGAGCAGAAAGACGCAGAGAGACGCGUGCCGCUCGUCCUGCACAGAUAAACCCGGUCCUGCUGGAUCAGAAAACUUCUGCACACUUCAGAACAGACCCGAACCCGCUCCGACAUGGACCCAGUCUACUCCGACAUCGACAGCAACAGCUGCGACUUCUUCCCGCACACGGACGAUGAGGACUCCCUCGGCAGCCUGCGCUCCGCCUCCCCGGAGUCCUCACCGCUCUGCCCGCCGCGCUCCCCGGAGCAGCAGCAGCAGCAGAAGAAGCGGCGCCGCGGACGCGCCCGCAGCGACGCCAGCGUGCACGUGGUGAAGAAGAACCGGCGCAUGAAAGCCAACGACCGGGAGCGGAACCGCAUGCACAACCUGAACGACGCCCUGGACGAGCUCCGCAGCGUCCUGCCGGCCUUCCCGGACGAGACCAAACUCACCAAAAUCGAGACUCUGCGCUUUGCGCACAACUACAUCUGGGCUCUGUCCGAGACGAUCCGCAUCGCAGACCUGCAGGCGGGGAAGACCGGAGACCCUCUGCAGCUGCGCUCCGCGUGCCUCGGUGAGGCCCCGAGCCCCGGCAGCGACGCCUGCUCCUGGAGCUCUAGCGGCUCCUCGUCCUCCUCCUCCCCGGCUUACUGCGCCUCCAGCCCGGGCAGCCCCGCCGCGCAGGAGGACUACAGCUACCUGCGGCAGGACGCGCUGUUCGGCUUCCGCAGCCUCGUGCCGGGCAUCUACUGACCGGCAGACCGCCGGAGGGGCCCCGCGGCCCCACAGACACUAACGGAGCGGACAGUCCGGUUCCUGCUGGAUGAAGAAGAAUCACGGUUUGCCUUAAUGAGCUCAUUAUUUCUUCUUUAUUUAGUUGCCCCCCCCCGCUUUCUCUAUCUCGGAGGUGAAAAGUUAAUUUUACAAUUUGUAGAGAACUGAAGCAGAAAGAGAGCGUGGAAAUCAGGUUCCUCACCCGUGACAGGGUCUGAAUGGACCCCUCAUCCAUUAUGUAUGCCCCCCCACCCCCCACUGUUGUUUUAUUUAUUUGACUCGUUUUGUUUCACAUGAAAUUUGUAUUUUGUACAUAAAGAGAUUUUUAUUCUAUUUACUUGGAAGCAGU